GGACCUCUCGCCUACCGCGCCCUUCGAUGACAACCCAAAAUGGAAGCUCUUCAUUACUACAAGUAGCAAGAUAUGUGCUUGGGACCGCGAUGGUUGCGAACCGAUCUUUACAUCGUCAUCACGUGGCAUUGUCGCGGCAAAACGCGCAUUAGAUGGUGCGCCUCCUACCGCGGGGCACCUCGGAUGUCCGGUCAUUUCGCUGAUAUUGGUUCGUAGGAUCGGUACUGGCGAUUGCAGAUGCUCAAGUGGUUAUGCUUCACAAGGUCGAGGACGGUCAGGACAAAUCUUACCGGUUGAGGGGAACGCAGAGAUGCCGACUUCUUCAAUACUCGCAUGAUUCUCGUAACUUGUUUUAUACAGACUCGCUCCACAACAGCGUUCAGUCCUACUCGCUCUCGGAUAACCGCGUCGCCGAUGCCGCAAGAUCGCACCCAUCCCCAAUCACUGCCUUUGCCGUUUCCUGCGAUUCCAAUCUCAUUAUCUCAGCGUCUUCAAAGCCCCCGACGGUCCAAAUCCACAACCAAAUGAUGGCUACAACAAUAUCGCUCGUCCCAUCUGCAUCUUCGGCACCCGUAGUCACCUGUGCAUUCCAUCCGAGCAGAAAGCACAUCUUCCUGUUAGCUUUCGGUGACGGCGUACUGGCCGCCUUUGAUUACACGAAACUCUCUCCCGCUAAAGCCGGAAACAAGGAGAACGCAGGACUUGGAGUCACAAGGUGUCAUGCGCGAGGCAUCCAUACGUUCCGGCAUCUGCAUGAUCCCAGCAUUGCAGGUUCUGCCGGAAUCACCGGUGCUGGAUUCGUUCCCGGUCAGCGAAGUCGAGCAGUUACUGUGGGCGAAGAUGGGAGAUGUUUUCUGGUCGAUUUUGAGAAGGGAGAUACUCUAGGAAGCUGGCAUAUCGGUGCUCCCGCCACAGGGUUGACCAUCAGGGAGAUCGACGCCGCUGCCAAGAGCAGGAAAGAGGAACUCGGUGGUUACUUCAUCGGCGUGGGUACUGUGCACGGAAGAUGUUUGGUAUAUGACGGGAAUGGCAACAAGGUUGCAGAGCGGGUGGUUGACACUGAGGGGGAGAGUAUACUCGAUGUGGAAUGGGUUUGCGGUGAUGUGUCCGCACCAGAGGUUGAUAUUGCUCCCACACAGCCUUCACCAGAAAAUGCUGCAUCGAGAGAACAGCCUGGAAAGUCCGACCGCACGCGGAAAUCCACCAAGGCGCUCCAAAGCCAAAAGCUCAAUAUGAGCAGUUCGCCCGUGUCUCCAGAGGAGGUUGAUGAGGAUGGCAACCCCCUUAUCAAGGAGGUCUCGGCAAGACGUAGACACAGAGCAUUCUCGCCGCCAGUCUACGACUCUCUGGAAGAUGCGGCCGAUCAGGGGUAUAUGAUGCUCUUCAGCCCGGUGAAACGGAGUAGGGUGUCCAAAUCUGCAUCAUUACCGGGAAAGAAAACCGAGAAAAUCCACAGACCUUCGGACCCUCGGGCCCGUGCUUCGACACAGAGUAGUGAUCACCGAAGUGCGAUAAGCGCGCCGCAGCUGUGGGAUGAUGGUGUGCCUGAUAAUGGAGAAACUAAGGAAGAAGCUGAAGUAGAGCCCGAGGAGCUGGAUGCCUUUUCUGCGUUUCAAGGGGACGUGCAAAAGGACACCACCACCACCGGAGAAGAAUCGGGCUCUAACAACGUUUCUAUUUUCGGGGGUCUUUCCAGUGUGCGUACAGAUCGAAUCAAGGUGGACGAGGCAACCGAUGAUGGGCGGAUCCUAAGCGAGAUCCGGAGUAUCCGAGCAUUAUAUUCUGGGAAGUCUAAGAGCGUCACGGAACCUGAAAAUCCACCAGCAUUACCUGAACCUUUUGUUCCCCCUACUAAGGCUAGAAGUACACCUGCCAGUAGGGCUGGUCGAGAAUCUGUCGACGCUUCUAGCAUUAAAAGAAGUAUUAGCGCCCCCGAGAAAAAGAUGCAUGCAUCCGAACUUUUCGUACCCGACGGGGAGGACGGUACUCAUCAAUCAGCUUUUGGAGCCACCGGAGCUGGGCCUGAAAAAACCAGCACUCAGGAGGAACAGGUUCAACCCGAUCAGAAGGAACAGGUUCCGGAAGAACUGGCAACCGAAGAAGAUGAAGACAUCUGGGCAGCUCUCGCUGUCGGCAAACGCGCCGGUAGGCUCGGACGCAAACGCAAGAAAGCUCCCUUAGAGGAGGAGAGCAUGAUUGCCAACACUUUGCCCGACACCCGUGCUGACCCAUCUCGCUCCUCAACCAUACGCUCGGCUAAAAGCCGAAAGACGGUAUCCUGGUCCGACGAUCCCGAGCCACAGGCAGACUUAUUCCCAACUCCGAUGGCCUCUUCUUCUGUGAUGGGGCAGUACGGUGGAGAGGGAGUAUCUUCGUCUCGUUCGUACUUGGGAUCUCGGCCUCUUUCGGUCCUCUCCGAACACCACAACGAUAAUUCUCGAAUCGUCACCAAUAGUACCGCCACAGCUUCCAAGCCGAUAAUAAGUGACGGCGGUGACAUCGGUGGAAUAGUCAGAGCAGCAGUGGAGCAGAUGCAAGCUGCAAUGUCUCAACAAAUCAGCGCAUUGCAGGCAGAGAUGCAACGGCAGUUCAGUGCACAGCACGACGAGCUCCAAGGGCUACGAACCGAGAUGGCUCGCGUCAGGGAGGAGAAUCAGAAGCUGCGGGGGGCGCUCUUCCAAAGCACCGGUGUCAGGGAUAGCGUUGGAAGGGCUAUGGGAUCCGGUAGCGGAUAGGGAGCAAUCCGUUAGUGGCGACUUGAGUGUGGAGUGUUUCCUUACCUUUUGGUUUGCAUUGCGUCUUGGUGUUUUGGAGUUUUGGUUAUGGCUACGU